AUGUCUGAGAGCCUCAAUAGAAAGGCUUGCGAUCGCUGUCACAACCAGAAGCUCAGCUGCAAGCGGAUCGGCAAAGGGGUUUGCGAUCGCUGUUUAAGACUCAAUGCCGAAUGCAAGUCGAGCCCGUCACUCCGGUACAAGAAGCGGAUUCAGCAUUACGAUCAGAUUCAGGAACACCAACAGCUGCAGCAUCAGCAGCAGCCGCCGCCGCCGCCGCCGACGCAGAGUCCCGACCAGGCGCAACAAUUGUUACAGCAUUAUUAUUCUCGAGAACUGCUACAGCAACAGCAGCCUCUGCCACAAUUGGCCUACUCGCAAGAGCAGAGCACCGCACCCAAUAAUGCUCUCUACUCGGAAGAACAAGACCAUUCUGAGGCAGAAGAUGCAACCGACGCGAUGUCGGCCCCCGGCAUACCGAGCCAGGUAAUGACGGUGCCGGAUGGGUCUGCAGGGCUGGCCGAGUAUGCAAUGAACUUGCGGAAUAUGGAUUACAUGGCACUGUCCCAACCGCCGAUGCCGCCCAAUUAUUUAUUAGGAUCGCAAGUUCCCUCUGGCGUCGUUGACUACUUUCCCUUUCAUCAAGUCAAUCCGAGUUUCUGGCCUAAUCAGUCACACGAGGAAGCACAGCAGCUGCAACAUCAUCACCUGGUGCUGCACCACCACCAACCGCAACAGGUCUUUGAUCAAGAUUCAUUCGCACCCUUUGCACCUCUUGUUAUACCAGAUCCAGCUGUCGCCCAGCAGGAUCCUUGCAGAUCUGUGCAGCCGCCGCCGCAACAGGACUGUGUCGUCCAAGAUUGUGCCACGCUCGUCUUUGGCAGCAGAAGACGCCAAAGUGCCCCUCCGCCGCACCCGCAGACAUUUUAUUUCCCUACGACGAAGAGUCGGUCUCGCUCAAAUAUACUACGGGCCAACUACAAGGAUUCCGUGACAGCUAACGAGAGCAAUCUGGCCGUAAUGGAUCAAUUUUUGCUAACCUACACUCGUGUCCGCCUGCUUGCCAACCAUCUUGAGUGCCUCGAGCAGGGCAAGGACUAUCGCGAUGGUCCCGGCGGAAAGCCCAAUGAAUUCACCGUGGCCGAGCUCUAUAAGCAUACGCAUUACCUCAUCGAAGUUCUCGAGCGCAUUGUGGCCAUGAAGAGAGCGUCCAGCGACUCCGCCACCGGCCAGGCGGAGCUGCCUCUCAGCGCGACGGAUCCUUCCAACGGCAUGUUGACAGUAUCUCUCUACGCGCACCUCCUUAAGACUCUGCAGCACCUCUUUGAUCACGUCCGCGUGGUUCUGGCCGACGCGGACCCCAAGCUGGAUGAUACGUUUGACUCGUACCUCCUGCCGGUAAUGAACUUUGGCAUCGCAACCGGCGCCUCCCUCGACACCCACCCGGCGCUCCACAUGUCCCUGACGGUGCAAGUCGGCAUGCAGUACCUGGGGCGGCUGCGCGAUGCCACUGCCUUCCUGGGCCUUACCCAGGGAGCCGAGACCAACGGACACGGGGCGCAUGGCCCUGGGGCAUCGGAGAGCCAGGACUUGAUUGCCGGCAGCGCAGAGAUUAGUGCUUGGUUUUCCAAUAUUAUGAAGAUGGAAGGCAACCUCAGCAAGACUCUGGGACAGCUGCAGGACGAGCUCAACGACUUUAUGGAUGCCAUGGACGUGAUUGACGCCAAGGAGGAGAGGGAGAAGAAUGAGAGGAAGUAG